GUUCUUUGACCUUUUUGCGACAGUGACACUGACAGUGAUGAGCACUACUACUACUACUAGUGUGGUCGACUUUCUUUCCUCCUCAUGCACAAUCAUAUUUGGCGUCAGCUGGACACUGAGAAGGCUGGGGGAUCACUGUAACAGCAUCUCAUCUGCAAACAGCUGAGUAGUUGGAGGUAGCUGCUGGUCAAUUGCUGCAAACGGAAGGUUCAAGGCAGUCUACCAGAGGAAGCCUAUCUGCUCUGCAUUGAGCAGGUGCUUCAGAAAGUCUUUGCUGAAAUGUUCAGCAUACUGGAGGCAUCGGUGGCGUACUGCUUCAAGAGGCUAGUCUGAUUGGAGAAUCUCUUUGUGCUACGAGUGACUGAGGCCUGCCCUCGAUGGCUAUUCCAAGGGAGAUUGCUGAAAAUGCUGUGAGACUCUACCGAGACUGCCUCCGGAUGGCAGAUUACUUAGGGAGGAAGCAAGGAAACAGAGCAGUCCUGCGGGAACAAGUACGAUUACAAUUCAAGAAGAAUAUGGACGAGAGGGACCCAGACAAGAUACAAGCACAAAAGGAAGCGGCUGUUCGGGGUUUAUCAAAUUACAUGGUCUUUGAAGCCACACGGAUGGCAAGAGCGGACAGGGGCACUCCUGAUGGCUAGUGGCAAUUUGACAUCACCACAUCAUCGGAAGCAGCGGGAGUGAACUGAAACCACCACCGUUCAAACUCUGAACUGCAUUCAGAAUAGUCCUUGCGUGUGUACGUCAGUCAGGCCGCCUGCCACACAAGAGUCCAAACGGUUUGUUCUUUGACACGAAGUUUGAAGGGAUAGAGAGAUGAAACCAAUCAUGAUCUGCAGACGAACAGGUAGAAGGCUCCGCAUAUUUUCAGCUAUUCCCUUGCGAGAUGCAGGCAUGUCAUGUGAGAGGCUUCAUAUUGGAUACAUGAUCGGAUCCGUGGUUUUAGC